UUCUAUAUAUGGUAAGGUGACGUCGGUUUAGUUGUGGAGGUACGUCCGAUCGUGUAUUGAAAUUUGUCAUUGUGACGAUGGAAGGACAAUCAAAUGAUGACUUACACCUCGGAGAAAUGUUGGACGUAUAUCGCCCGGUACUGGUGGACAGCGUCAUAGCCACAGAACUGCUGCCAUCGUUAACCGACGUGGUAUCAGGUUCAGAUGCUGAGAAAGUCAGAAAUGUGACUCGCCAGAACAGUAAUAGGGCUGGCACAGAGUACUUAUUGGAGGUUUUAGUGGAGAGGAAAGAGGUCCCGGGAAGAUGGCGGAUGUUAGUGAAUGCUCUGAAAAAACAUGGCUAUGAAUCUCUCUCAAUGAUUCUGGAGGGAGAAAUGGAAAUGGAAGACAGGGAUCGCAACAAGAGAAUCAUCAACAUAUUUAUGGUGGAAUUGCGUCAGGGUAUCAAUCCGUUAGAAAUCCUUCCAUCAUUAAUACAGAAGGGUGUGCUUGGACAGGAGGACAAAGAGAAUAUCACAGCAGAAAAUAGAAAUAAUGGGGCAUUGGCUGCAUCAGCCGUGUUACUAGAUCGAAUACAACGUAAAAAGUCAGAUUGGUAUAGCUUGUUCCUACAGACACUGGCUGAAAACCGUUUUGGUCAUUUAGCUGAGAAGAUAGAUCCAGACUUCAUGAAGAAAUGGAAGAUAAGGAAUGAAGAAGAAGAGAGAAGGGAGAGAUUAGAAUUACAUACAAUGGAAAACUACGAUUCAGAUUUUGGUGAAGCGUUAUCUGAUAUAAAACAAAUGAAUAGGACUCCGAAUGUACACCAGGAUUUCAAUACCGAGGUCAAAACAACAGAGAAACUGGUAGAGAAUUUAAAACUGGAAAAAACUGGUGACUCUAAUGAUGAGGAAACGGUAACGGAAGUGAAGCAAACACAAACAGCUUCUCGACAACCGACGGAGCAUGACGAGUUAUCUGAACCGCUUCCUCCAUCAUCUCCAUCUCUGUCCCCAACGCCAGUGACCAUACACAGUCAUCAGUCAGCUUCUGUGACUUCUACACCAUCAGAGACUACAUUGGUGUAUCAACGGGUCGAACGAGGAGGACCAGAUCUCUCUCUGUUCCGAUACCAAGAGGAGCUGGCACAACCUGGUAUUGAUGGACACAACUCCAUUGUUGUGGCCCCAACUAACAGUGGAAAGACACAUGUGGCCAUUAAGAUUAUGCAGCACCACUUGAGAAAAUGUCACAGCAAGAUGAUAUUUCUGGUGCCCACCUCAGCCCUAGCAACACAGCAGCGAGAUAGGUGUUACGAACUGUUAAAAUGUCAAGCUAAAGUGAUGACUGGGGAGAGUCAGGCCAGAGAUAAAUAUGUAGAUAUGUCUAUCCACCUCAAAAAUCAUGACAUUAUCGUUGCUACGCCUCAGAUUCUUGUGAACUGCCUGCUGUCGGAAGAUGUUUCCAUGUCAGAUUUUUCUCUCAUUGUUUUUGAUGAAUGUCACAGAACAUAUGAAGACACACCCUACAACAAUGUGAUGCGACUGUACUUAGACUUGAAGCUGACAGAAGAGAAUGCCUCUCUACCACAGAUUUUAGGAAUGACCGCUUCGCUAGGGUCAGGAAAUGCCAAAUGCCAGUCCGGAGCUGAUGAUUGGGUCAAACACCUUAUGAACAACAUGGACACUCAAAAGCUGGUGACUGUAAAGGAGAACAUAGAAGAGCUUCAGGCGAAAAUCAACAACACAGACACGGAGAUUGUACUGACAAAGGAGCGACUCAACCCAGUCUUUGGUAAGCUGGUCAAUAACAUAAUGGCGGUCAUUGAGAAAAACAUCCAAGAUGCAGACGGGGAGUUACGAAGACCUCCUGCAGUACGCGAUGGAGAGAGGUACACAGAAUGGUGUAGUACAUUGAAAAAGCAGAUUACCAGUACUCCGGAUAAUGACCUUCACAGGAGCCUCAAGAUCUAUACUGACUACUUAGAGGUGUACCACCGUGCUCUCAUCAUAUACCGUGAUGCGCGGUCUAGUGAUGCCUUACAAUACCUUAAGGAAGAAAUGGAUGAAAUGUUUUUUGAAGAGACAGCUGUGGAGACGGACCACAAGAUGCACAAACUUUUCGAAGAUAAUCAACCACUGAUGGAGAGUGAAAAUAGUCAAGAUAAUCCAAAACUUCACCAAGUUCAAGUUCGACUUUCUGCAGUGUUCCGAAAUGAACCUGAUUCCCGAGCCAUCAUAUAUGUCAAAACAAUAGAUCUUGCCAGAUUUCUGGAGGUGUGGAUGAAUGAGUGUCCGGAACUUCAACCUCUAAAUGCAGUGCGUUUCGUCGGAGCACACGCUAGGGUUGGGAUUGGUGGUAUAACCAAGGUGGUACAGGACACCAUUCUAAAGGCCUUCCGGGACGGCACACACAAGGUGGUUAUAGGUACCUCAGUGUUAGAGGAGGGACUGGACAUACCCAGGUGUAAUCUUGUCAUUCUGUAUGACCACGUCACCAACGAGAUACAGCGUGUUCAGACGAGAGGACGCAUAAGGAGAGAUAACAGCCAUUUCGUUCUUAUAGCAUCUGAAACUGGACAAGCAGCUAAAAAAGAACAGGUGAACGAGAUAAGGGAGGAAAUGGGGUCGGCAGCCAUUGAACGAGUUCAGAACGAGAUUGAUAGAGACCCACGUGGUUUCCUCCAAAGACAACAGGCCGAGCAACUGAAAGAGAAGCAGAAACGAGAUGCGGCAGAGAAAAUUGAACGGGAAAUGUUGUUAAACAGUCCCGUGUACCAGGUGAAAUGUAAUCACUGUAGAAGCUUGCUGUGUUUGUCGUCAGAUCUCCGCAAAAUUAAAGUCCAUCACACUAUUGUAGCCGGUGGGAUGAAAGACACACUGAUGUCCGGUCCGCGCGGGAAGCCAUCUUAUCAGGACAAGGACAUGGAGCACGGUGUAGCAGAACUAUAUUGUAAAGACUGUAAGACACACAUCGGUUCUAUAAACAAGUCAAUGUCACUAUACUUUCCAAUGCCUCGAAUUGACCAGAUAGUAUUUUCAAGGGAAAAUAACAUCAAAGCCUGCAAGAAAUGGAAAAAUGUUCAAAGUCUCUUUGGUAUUAAACAAUUUUGCCCAAUUGAAGAUAUGAGAUUGAUUAUGUCGCUUCCUACUGAAGACAAAGACUUCUAUACCAAGUAGCCAGGCGUCUCCUUUUGAACAUAUAUAAUUGUUUGAGACAAUUCCGAAAAAAAAGAUCAACUGGAAGCCAUUUUCGCUAUAUCUCCGAAAAUAUCCCAGACUUUUCAAAAUUUUCAUAUGUAAUUUCCUUUCCCCUGGUUAAGCAUGCUUAGUUUUGGGACAUAUCAACGCUUAUUAAAUACAGCGAUAUUUUGUCAGUAUAAGAUGUAAAUUGAACAGAUGAAUGUAUUUCUUACAAAAGUCAAAACAAUUAAAACCAAUGAAGAUCAUAGCGUGGGAAUGGGAGAUCGCUCUAGGAUCUCUUGACAGAUAUAUCUCUACAUCUAUCAUAUAUACCUUUGUCAUUAGGCAAUGAUAAUUGAUACUUGUACCUUUUCAUGGAGAUCACUGAAAUCUGUAUACGUAUUGUCAGAGUAUAUACAUCAACGUGAAUAUUUAUUAUCACAGUUUUAUAUACUUUUGUCGUGAAUAUUUAUUGUCACACUUUGUAUAUACUUUUGUCGUGAAUAUUUAUUAUCACAGUUUUAUAUACUUUUGUCGCGAAUAUUUAUUGUCACACUUUGUAUAUACUUUUGUCGUGAAUAUUUAUUGUCACACUGUGUAUAUACUUUCGUUUUGAAUAUUUAAAGCCACAUUUUGUAGAUACUUUUGCCAUGAAUAUUUAUUCACACUUUGUAUAUACUUUUGUCAUGAAUAUUUAUUGUCACACUUGGUAUAUACUUUCGUCGUGAAUAUUUAUUGUCGCAUUUUGUAUAAUACUUUUGUCGUGAAUAUUAAUUAUCACAUUGCUUCUUAUAAAUAUACUUUUGUCGUGAAUAGUAAUUGUCACACUUUUUAUAUACUCUUGCCGUGAAAAAUUCUUGUCAAACUUUGUAUAUACUUUUGCCGUGAAUAUUAAUUGUCACACUUUAUAUAUAUAUUUUGCCGUGAAUAUUCUUGUCACACUUUGUAUAUACUUGUGUCUCAAAUAUUUGUUGUCACACUUUGUAUAUACCCUUGCCGUGAAUAUUUCUUGUCACACUUUGUAUAUAUAUUUUGCCGUGAAUACUUUAAUGUUGACGUGAAUAUUGUCAAACCUUGUACUUACUUUCUGCAUGUAUAUUAUCUUAUGUGAAUUGUUUUCUACAUUAUUGGCUAAGAGUAUAGCACGUGCCAAACUACAAACAUUUGUACCUUACCAUAACUAAAUCAAAGGGCCAAAGGGCCUGAGGUCAUAAAAUAAGAAAUUUAAAAUUGGAUUUUAUAGUCAGACAGUUUGUAUCAGAUGAAAUGUCUUAAUCUGGUUAUUCCUAUUCUAUAUAUAUUCAAGAAAACUGCUGAAAACUUUCCAAUAGCUGAGUAUAGUUCUUUCCCUGAUGUAAUUAUUUAAUGUUUGUGGAAGAGUAUUGAUAUACUUCUGAAUCAGUAAAGCUGCUUGUAAACUUUGAAAAAAAUCAACUGGAGGACAAAUCGGUCUAUUAACACUUACAUGUACAACUACAUGUAGAGAUCAAAUUUAUAUUUUAAGAUGUUGAUUUACCCACCACGACUAUAACGGCAGGUGUCAAAGGCAUAUCCUGAUGUUAACAAUACCGUCAAUCGUAAAUUUCCAGCUGAAAUGAAAAUCCUGACCACGUGACAUCAGCUCAACAUCUGUAAGCAAGUACAGUUAGCUUCUUUUAAAAUAUCACUGAUAAGUUUAUUGCAUAAGCACCCCCAUAUGGCAAACCAAAGUGGAAAAAAGUCCCUAUUUAUGGAUAUCAAUAAAUCAAUUAUUUAUCAAUAAUUAUUUUUUGAUUUCCACAAUUCAUUUUUGGAAAUCAAUAAAUAUUAAUUGAUAUCCAUAAUUGAAUUUUGGAUUCCAUUAUUCGAUUCAUGGAUAUUAAUAAAUACCUAUUUUUGGAAAUCCAUAAAUAGACACAUUUGUUAAUAUCAAUAAAUGAUUUAUGGAUAUCAGAAAAACAAAUGUCUAUUUAUAGACAUAUUUUUGUACAAUAAAGAUUCACACAUUAUUGGGCAUGUAAAAAUAUAUUAGAAUAAUUCUAAUACUGAAUACCUGUGUAGUUCUGAAACUCUUAGAAUUAUUGAUUGCUAACUUGAAAAUAUAUUGUAGGUCUGGAACACAAUGUUUGUGCUUGCUAUCACACUUAUAAGGGUGGAGUAUGUUAUUCAAUGCUUGAACAACGCCGACAAUUUUGGCUUAAUUCUUGCAAUUUUAAAAAGCUUCAAUUAAGUGGAUAUAUGUACCGUACCAUUUUCACUGUUAAAAACAGUUUUAAAAAAUAAAAAGGAAAUUCAGUUUUAACCAACAGUCGUGUGCUUAAUUUUCAGGUAAUGUCAGAAGGGCAUAAUCCAAAUGUUACUAUUUUUCUGUGACAGUUUAGAUGCAACUACUUUUUUUUUUUCUUUUUAAGGUUUCAAAUUGAAUUUUGCUAUCCAAGCAAAAUUGAUGUGUGCCAGGGUUGGGACCCCGGGUUCACCCCUCUUACACCAUGAAGCCUCUCACAGGAGGUCUCUCUCACAUGUUUCUCUCAUUCAUUUUCAUUUCGGCCAAUUUGCUCGUUUUGUUAAAAACAAACAACAACAACAAAAAAAAAAAAAAAAAAAACAA